AUGCAGCGCUCAUUCCUUGCUUUCGUCCUGUGCGCCCUUCUCUUCUGCGUCGCAUCCGCAGAGGUACAGGUGGCCACCAAGGACAACUUUGACAAGAUCGUAAGCGGGGAUCUCACGUUGGUCAAGUUUUACGCCCCGUGGUGCGGCCACUGCAAGACACUGGCCCCGGAGUUUAUAAAGGCUGCUGAAAUGCUGGCCGGCGUCGCGACGCUGGCAGAGGUCGACUGCACCAAAGAGGAGGCCCUCGCUGAGAAGUACGAAAUCAAGGGGUUCCCCACAUUGUACCUCUUCCGCAACGGUGAAAAGGUAAAAGACUACGAUGGUCCCCGCACUGCCGCCGGCAUCGCGUCGUAUAUGAAGGCGCAGGUCGGUCCCUCGAUGAAGACCAUCGCAAAGGCUGGAGAGCUGGAGGAUCUCAAGAAGGAGGCCUUCCCGGUGUGCGUGGUGAAGACAGCGAGCGCCGACUCGGAGAUGGCGUUGAUGAUGACCAAGGUGGCGACCUCUCUCCGCUCGCAGAUGAACUUCGUGCUCGUGACGGAUGCUACCAUCUCUCCAGAUGAUGGCAUGGAGUCGGUCACGGUGUAUCGCCAGAAUAUGGAGCGCGAGGCGUACACUGGCGCCACACCGAUCACGAUGGAGUCGGUUAACAGCUUUCUCGCGACUGCUACGUUGGACUUUUUUGGCGAGCUCGGCCAGCAGAGCUUUCAGAAGUACAUGGAAGCGAACAAGGAUAAGCCUCUUGGGUGGGUAUUCAUCGACAAGAACACGGAUCCUGCGCUGAAGGGGUCACUCGUGGCCGUGGCGGAGAAGUACCGCUCGCAGGUGUUGCUAACAUACAUUGACGGUGAUCAGUACCGCCCCGUCUCGCGCCAGCUGGGCAUUCCUGAAGAUGCGAAGUUCCCGGCGUUUGUGGUAGAUUACGAGCGCCGCCAUCACGUGAUGGACGCGGCCACCCCAGUCACCUCCGAGUCCGUCGCUGCGUUUGUGGAGAAGUACAUCAAGGGCGAGACGCAGCAGACCGUGAUGUCCGACGCGAUUCCCACCAAGGAGACGGUGAACGGCCUGACGACGGUGGUGGGCCACACGUUUUCGAAGUACACGGACAGCACACAAAACGUGAUGCUGCUCUUCUACGCACCGUGGUGCGGGCACUGCCAGAAGCUGCACCCCGCGUACGAGAAGGUGGCCAAGAGCUUCGAGUCCGAGAAUGUGAUCAUUGCGAAGAUGGACGCCACUACGAACGACUUUGACCGCGAUAAGUUUGAUGUGUCGGGGUUUCCAACGAUUUACUUCAUCCCAGCUGGAAAGCCGCCAGUCGUCUACGAGGGAGACCGCACUGCGGAUGACAUGAUGGCGUUUGUAAAGUCUCACUUGACCGCCUCCGCCGGCCCCUCCGACAAGAGUGACGAGGAAGAUUUGUAG